CCACAUUAUUAAUGAGUCUAACUGAUUAAUACACAUACUCGUAGUGGCAGAUAUAUCACGCGUGAUCGCUUCACCACAACUAAAAUUUACAACUUGCUAAAGCACAGCAUCGGUCAUGGGUGCUCAGCAGUCUUCCUCCGGCGGUGGCACUGGCUCCCAGUCCCGUAACUCUACUCCAGUCAAAAGAUGUUAUUAUGAGGUUCUGGGGGUGGACCGUCAUGCAACGGACGAUGAGUGGGCAUCCUGAUCUCCGAUAAUCCAUAUCCAGCCUUCACUAAUUCAACGUCCAGAAUCAAAAAGGCGUACCGAAGAAAAGCAUUGGAACUUCAUCCAGAUCGCAACUACGGGGACGCCGAAAAUGCCACAAUCAAAUUUGCCGAAGUCCAAUCGGCCAACGAAGUGCUUUCUGAUCCCCAAGAGCGUGCUUGGUAUGACUCGCACCGUGACUCCAUUUUACGGGGAGAUACUGGUGGCGAGGACGACCAUUUUGAGCAUAAUAUUCGCUUGACCAGUGCUGGUGAUAUCAUAAUCUUGAUUUCCAAAUUUAACAGCAGAGUGCCCUUCACAGAUGCUUCAGACGGCUUUUAUGGUAUUCUCCGUGAAACCUUUGCCACUUUGGCCGUUGAGGAACGGUCUGCAUGCGAAUGGGAAGGGAAAGAAAUAAGAGACUAUCCAGAUUUCGGAAAGGCUUCAGACAGUUACGAACAAAGUGCCAAACAAUUCUAUCGUGUUUGGAUGGGAUUUUCAACAGCCAAGACUUUCUCGUGGAAAGAUGUUUACAGAACCUCUGAUGCCCCUGAUAGAGCCACGCGGAGAUUUAUCGAGAAGGAGAACCAGAGAUUCAGAAAUGAAGCUAUUCGAGAAUUUGAAGAUGCUGUCAGAUCCCUCGUCGCUUUUGUGCGCAAGCGCGAUCCAAGAUACAUACCCAAUUCGCAAUCCGAAGAGGACCGCCAGAAGAUUUUGAGAGAUGCGGUUGCUGCUCAAGCUGCUCAGUCUCGUGCAGCAAACCUUGCCAAAUUUGAAGAGCAUGUUAUUCCCAGUUGGGCUCAACCCAAGGACUCCAACGAAGACGUGUUCACAGAGUCAGAAUCCGAUGAAUCUGAAGUGGAGCACAUUGAAUGCGUUGUUUGUAACAAGGUUUUCAAAAGUGAGAAGCAGUAUGAAACUCACGAGAAAAGCAAGAAACAUGUCAAAGCUGUGCAACAGAUACAGCGCGAAAUGAAGAAAGAAAACAAGCGUUUAGGACUCGACACACUUUCUAGUACUCAAUCCAAUCCCGUUUCAGAUCUUGAGGACUUGGAGCUCGAUUCGGGGAACGAUGAGGGUGAUACCAAAGCUUCAACUGUCAGUGCAGAUGAUGUUGACGACCCAGACGAUAAAGCUGAGCAGGUUAAAGCCAAAGGGGAUCCAGUGGAAUCAGAUGAUGUACCUUCCGAAGUCGUCGAUGGCCAAGGCAAAGCUGACUCGCCUUCUGGUUCUUCUGAAGUUGAUGACGAGUACGCACCGAGAGAGGCUGUUGAGGAAAGACUAGAUGGCCUUACCGAAACUUCCAACUCCAAAAAAGGAAAGAAAAAGGCAACCAGUGAGGGAGGCACUAGCACACCAAAACUUGGAAAGGCAAAAGAGAAGAGAGCAAAGAGAGCCGCAAAGGAGGCUCUACAAGCACAGGAAGACUUAGAAGUAAGUGCCCCCGCCUGGAUUCCGAGACUUAGAGAUACUUAUAAUCAAUAGUUCAAGUGUGCAGCUUGUAGUGACUCAUUUGCGUCGAAAACCAAGCUUUUUAACCACAUCAAAGAAUAUAACCAUGCUCAGCCUGUACAGAAGGGCAAAGGCAAAAACAAGAAGAAGUGAUGCUUGCAGAGAUCAAGCAGCAGAUGAUUAAUUUCAACAGACCCAUCGGUUCCGUGAUGGAGUUGAUGGUGACUUUUUGGCGAACCUGCAAAUCCGGACCAAACGCUUAAAGGUUUAUGGUGUACUCGAGAGUAGGUCGAUACACUUGGGGCCAGUUUGUGUACUUGGACGUCUAAAGCUUAUCUGUUCUCUUUUAAAGGAGCAUAAACGGCGUGGGACCCCACCUCUCUCAUUUUAGGUCCACAAAAGCAUACCCAGCGUAGAGUGUCGGAAAGAAUACAGAAGCUUUUCUGUGCGCUGUUUUUCUAGACAGCGUUUCACUAUCAGCGAGAAGGCAUUUGAUAUCCCCAAAUUAAAUAAUAAAAGUUCUUUUUUUCUCGG